AUGAGUUUUCUUUCAAAUAAUAAUGCUAUUGCCGAGAUUGAUCCAUGGAGGAUAGAUAAUCCUGAACCAAUAAACCGAUCCUUUACAAAUUUGUAUGUGGAAGAGCAAGAUCGCAUUGAGAAUUUGACACAAAGAAUCUUUGGUACUUCAAAUUCAAAUACAAGAUCUGAGACUUCAAUAUCACCCUCCCCUUUAAUAGUAAGUAAUCAAGAAGAUCCAAUAUUUGAAAAUAAUUUAAAAAAGGAUAUAGCUAAUAAUAAUGAAGAAACUGCUUGGAUUCAACAACAAGGCUCCUCUUCUAUAAUGGCUAAUAACACAAACAAUGGGAUUGCUGAUGAUCCUCAAGUAAAUAUAUGGAGUAAUUCUGUUAUCUUAGGUAGACAAAAUAUAGUGGAUAACAAAUUGCAGCCAAAGAUAAAUCCCCAAGAACAACAAAUUUCUGAUAAUGAUUUACAAGACUGGAUGAAAUCAAUUAGAGAUACAUUUACUCCACUUUCUCCUAACAUAAUAAAUAUUGAGGAGAUUCCAGAAAGAGAAGGUUUGUUAUUUAAACAUACUAAUUAUAAUAUUAUUAGGUUAAAGCGAUUACCAAAUGAGGGCAGUGUGGUUGGUGCCUCCUCCGAAUCUUCUAUGAGUGUAGUUAGGAGAUAUUCUGACUUUGUUUGGCUACAGGAGGUUUUAUUGAAAAGAUAUCCAUUUAGAUUAAUUCCCGAAUUGCCACCUAAAAAGAUUGGUUCACAAAAUUUAGAUCCAAUAUGCCUUAAUAAAAGACGGGUUGGAUUGACCCGAUUUAUUAAUUUUAUUGUAAAUCAUCCAAUUUUGAGCAAAGAUGAUCUGUUACUAACCUUCUUAACAGUACCAACUGAUAUAUCUACUUGGAGACGGCAAACCAAAGAAAAUUAUGACACCAGUGAUGAAUUUAUGGACAAAAAAAUAUCAAUAAGUUUUAUGAAAUUAUGGUCGAGUAAUAUAUCGGAACAAUGGAAUGAUGUAGCUAGUAAUAUAACAAAGAUUAUUGAUAUAUGGAAUAAAAUUACAAUAGUUAUACAAAGGCAUGAAACACGAUUGAAUCAAAUAAAUCACGAAAAUGUAUUGUUGAAAAGUUUUAUAACAGACCUUGCACAUAUGACAUCCGUCUUAUAUCCAAUUGAAAAUAUUGCCAACUGUGAUACUUUACCUGAAAUAAAUAAUGAUUUAUCCAUCAUUAAUCAUCAUAUCGAUGAAAUUAAUACAUUAAAUACAAGGGCAAUUAAUGAUUAUUCUACAGAUAUUGUUCCAAAAUUGAAGAAAUUUAUUGAUCUCUUAAUAUCAUUAAAAAAUCUAUUUGACAGAUAUAAGAUUAUGGCAACUAAUAAUAUACCUCAAUUGCAAAGACAUGUGCAAUUAAAUUUGGAAAAAUUGGAAUCUAUGAAGGGUAAACCUGAUGUUAGUGGUGCUGAAUAUGAUAAAAUAAAAGCAUCUAUUAAUAGGGAUAGAAGAUCUAUUUCUAAACAAAUAAAUAGAGCUUGGUUAAUUAGGGAAUGUAUAUUGCAUGAGUUUACUAUAUUUCAAGAGUCUCAAUUUAUGAUAAGUGAUCUGUUUAAAAGUUGGGUUAAAUUGAAUUCAAGUUAUUCAGAGUUAAGUAUGAAUCAAUGGGAAAAACUGAGUAGUCAAAUAGAUGAUAUACCAAUCGGAAGAGAGUAG